AUGAAAUAUUUGCUUUUCACGAUUUCUAUUCUUCAAAUAGUUCAUUGCCAAAAACUCUAUGAACUAUUGAAUUCAGUAAAGUUCUUCAAUGAAGGUUGGAUAUCCAAUUCUGAUGUCUAUGAAUAUCAGUAUGAAUAUGCAUACUACACCGAACCUGAAAAUGUUACGAGACAACGAUUCUCGUGGAUGGAAUUAUACUCUCGACCUUAUUUAUAUAAACGAAAUCCAGAUCAACCGUUACAAUGCGAUUCAAAUCCGAUCUUGGCUGAAACUGAUUUACCAGGUGCAGAUUUUCUCUCGAUCAUACCAUCGGCUGCUGAUCCAUCUGAAUGUAACACCCUAUGCUGUCGUUAUGCAUCAUGUACUUCAUGGUCCUAUGCAUCAGCUGCUCCGUCCGAUUUCAACGAUUGUCGACAAGGUAGACCAUGCUGUUAUUUGAAAUCAUACACUCCGCAAUCUGUUCGUAAUCCAAAUAUCAUUUCGGCAAUAAUGAAUCGAACGUUUCCGUUUGAACAUCCUCCCUCUGGUUUGAGAUCAGCAGUACCAAUUGGCGGAAUUACCACAGGCUCAAUUGAAUUACGUGGUGAUGGAACAUUUCACGAAUGGACGAUCGAAAAUCAAUCACCCGCAACCGGAGCGAAAUUAGGGUUUAUCAAUGACGCUCUAUUAGCUUUUCGUAUCACAAAUUUAGAUACAAAGGCGAGUGAUACUCGAUUGAUUCGUACACAUCCAACUCAUAGUAUCAAAGGAAUUCAAACGAUCAAAUAUCACGGCUCAUAUCCCGUCAGUAAAUUAGAGUUAGUCGAUGAAUCGUUGAAAGCCACUCUCGACCUUUAUGCUUAUUCAGUAUUCAAAGUUGCGGAUUUGAAUCGUUCACUGACACCUGCAAUUAUCUUCUCAUUGAAUGUACGCAAUCCAAAUCCUUACCCGAUUUCCAUCGAUUUUAUGUCAACAUUACCAUUAUCCGCUCAAAUCGAUCAAACGCGACAAUCCAAUCACAUCAUUCAACAAAUAACUCCGGCUAAUUACACUGAUUGUAUCGUGCUCUGUCAUCAAAAUCCUUCGUGUGCGUCUUGGAAUUGGCAAAUUCUGAAUAAUAAUCCAACAUGUUCAUUGUAUAGCGAUGUUCCUUACAAUGAAUAUUUAUCUGGUCAUAUCAGUGGUGUACGUGGUCAAUGGUCAUUUGAUAAACCAGGUCCGCUAGUCUUAGAUCGUCCUGGAAGUGCAACAGCAAAUGGCCAAUUCUUGUUAUGGCCUUAUUUAUCAUCGAAUCGUACAAUAUCCGCCACCGUUGAUAAUAACAUUGAGAAUUUAUUGAACAAGUUUGCUGAAAAUGGCCGAUGGUCGGAUGAUACACCCAUCCAGCAAUCUACUGGCGUUCAUGGAGCUGUUUCUGUCUCCACAACUCUACAACCGGGAGAGCAACAAACCUUAUCAAUUCUCUUCGCUUGGUAUUUUCCACAUCAUUUUUGGUUAGAUUUGCCAUUGGAUAAUUACUAUUCCUUACUAUUCACGAAUGUGACAGACGUAGCGAAAUCUAUUGGUAAUGAGGAACAACUGGAAGUGAUUGCCAACGAUAUUUUAAGUUUACAUAAUAUCUAUUCGAAUUCAAGUAUGCCCGAUUAUUUAAUCGAUUCAUUGAUCAAUAGUGUGUCGCACAUGCGUAGUGCAAUGUAUUUUUCCAAUGGCGAUUGGCGGCAAUGGGAAGCAUUCGAUUGUAACGAUGUUGAUAGUGUACACAAUGAUCAUCAACGUCACUUGCCUUACAUUCUCUAUUUUCCCGAAACAGAAAAACUCAAAAUGUACCAAUGGGCAAAAUACCAGCAACCAGACGGAAUGAUUCAAGAGACCUUCACUGUCGGUUGUCUUGGAGAUACUGAAUCUUAUGAUACCCAUGGUGGUCGACGAAUGGGUGAUGUCACAUCGAUAUUUAUUCUGGAAACUCUGGAAUUAUAUCGAUGGACAAAUGAUACGAAAUUUUUAAAUGAUAUGUAUCCACAUGUUUCAGCUGGCAUACAAUGGCAAUUGAGUGUUUCAUCCAAUAUUGGGUUACCGGAAAAUCUUGAGUGUACUUAUGAUAUACCAUAUUUGAGUCAAUAUCCAACGACAACAUUUAAUUCGUUUAUGCACUUAGCAGCGAUGCGCGCAUGUAUGGAAUUAUCGAAAAUUAUGCGUGAUACAAAAACGUAUAAUCAAUGUUAUGAAGCGUACAUCGUGGCAGGAAAACAAAUUGACAAAUUAUUAUGGUACAACGAUAGUUUAGACACGGGUUAUUUCUUAGCAUACACGGGUGGACAUGGUGAGAAAGCGAUAUUCACCGAUGCGUUGUACGGGCAAGUUUUAGCAUAUACGUACGGGUUGGGUAGUCUCUACAAUGUAUCGAUCAUGCUGAAACAUUUGGAAAGUGAAGUUCGAUUAGCUGAUACGACGUACGGAUUGCGAAUGUUAACAGGCCGAGAACCGUUAACGAAUCCACAAGAUAACUCAAUAUGGAUGGGUGCUUCGCAAGAUUGGUCAGUAUUGAAUCUAUGGUUUAAUAUUGAACCACAGAGUGCAUUAGUGCAAUCGCAAAAAGGUUUAAAUCUUGUUCGACAAGUAUUGAACGAUCAAUGGAAUACUCAUGGAAUCUAUGCAGCGGAUGGUUAUGGUGUGGGAGGCAAACCUUGGAUUACAUCACAUUAUGGUUUUCAUAUGGUGUUUUGGCAUUUACCGUUUGCUUUAUCCGGGCAAUAUGUGGAUCUAUCCAAUGGAAUAUUGACUUUUUCACCGGCAUUAUCCGUACCUUAUACACUUCCAGUUCUGAUUCCAAACAUAUUCGGAUCAUUGUCUGUUAUUGCAUCAUCAAAUGACAACAGGUUAUUUACAUUGUCAUUAUCAAUUGGAAAUUUAUCAUUGAAUACCCUUGCAGUUUAUAACGUAGUCUAUCCAGGAAGUGUUCAUCUAACAGCUGGACAAUCUGUCCAAUGGGUUGGCUGA